AUGGCGCCCUCAGUCCCUAGAUUGCGCAUCCUGUCAGUCGGCGGAAAUGCCGUCUCUGCCUUCAUGUCAUGGAGACUCUCGGCGACCAACGCAUGCGAUGUCACUCUCGUCUGGAAGAAUGGCUUUGAGAACGUGUCGCAGUACGGCCUUUCGUUCAAGUCUGCUACAUUCGGAAACGAGAGGUUCAAGCCCAGACAAGUCGUUCGCACUCCCGAAGAAGCAGCAAAAACGUCAAAAGCGCCUUACGAUUACGUCCUUUUGUGCGUCAAGGCACUCCCAGACGUAUACGACAUUGCAUCCAUCAUCGAGUCGGUCGUCGCUCCUCAGCAUACAUGCAUCCUAAUCAACACAACACACUCGCUUGGUGUCGAGUCAUAUCUCGAGCAAAGAUUCCCUACAAACGUGGUUCUGUCUCUUGUCGCCGGCGCCGAGCUCUCACAAGUGGGCGCAAGUGAGUUCGAACACAAAGGCUCGGCCGACAUCUGGGUCGGGCCCGCCAACAGAAACCCGUCGAUUCCUGCUUCCAUACAGUCGGACAUGGCCGAAGCAUUGGCCAUGACGUUGAGCUCAGGUCAGGUGGAUUGCAAGGUGUCGUCUAACAUCAGACAGCAACAGUACGAGCGCAUGAUCGGCCCUAUUGCUUUCCAUCCCGCCAGUGUCUUGUUCGAAACGCCCAACCAUGCCGAGUUACUCGAGAAGACAGGCGCUCGGGCUAUGAUCGUCGGCAUCAUUGAUGAAAUGCUUGUUCUCGCAAAAUCCCAAGGCUGUGUUUUCCCCGAAAACUUCACAGAGCAGACCAUGGAAACCAUGAUCCAGCCCACUGGCACACCCAGCACUAUGUACCAAGACUUUACUGCCCGCCGACCUCUCGAGAUUGAGACUUUCCUCGGCAGCCCUAUCAAGCUCGCACAAGACGCUGGUGUUUCAGUGCCUCGCAUAGAAACACUAUAUGCCCUUCUUCACAACGCCAACACACUGAACCAAUCUCGCCCACCCCCUACGGCUGCAGUCUCACCACCAAUUCCUGCACAAACACCCCGUAUGGCCUCAGGUCCGAACAUGGGCCCUGGCCCCAACCAGCGUGGCCCGAUGAAUGGCCCUAUGCCUGGUCAUCCUGGUAGACCUGGGAUGAUGAGACCUGGAAGCAGAGCACCUUCAAUGACUGGUGGCCCACCUCCCCCAAUGCGCAGAGGUCCCUCGAUGAACAACGGCUUUGGUCCGCCCAUCAGAAUGAAUGGAAAUGGCCCACGUGGACCACCCUCCCAGCAGCCAACCCGUCGACCUUCGCUUGAGGACAAUGAACUUGAGGAAUUCAGCCAUCUGAUGCUUUACGACAACUUGCCAGAGGGUGCUCUGCCUGAAGGCGCGAUUCCGAACGGCGCCGGCCCCGGAGGUGAAAUGGGAAUGCGUGAGAGAGAACUGGCCCUCCGCCAGAGAGAAUUGGCUUUGAGGGAGCAAGAGUUCAACAUGAGACGUCGCAUGCCUCCUCCUCCUGCUUCUCAUGCCGGAGGCUUCGAUGAUGAUGACGAGGACGGUGAAGAUUACUUUGACCCCAUGGCUCCAGGAAGAAACGUCCCCAUGAUUGAUCCUGACAAUUUCGACAUGAUGAGUGUUACUUCAAGACGCACUCGCAAAGCACCCCCUCCCUCUGCCGGCCAACUCCGCAACAACCCAGAGAUGGGCGGUCCUCCGAUGAGAGGAGGUGGUAGAGGCAUGUUCGGAAGGCCUAAGGUGCAGAACCGAACCAGUGCUAGACUAAUGUCCGAGAUUCCUGGUCUGCACGAAAACCUUAUGGGCAACCCAUUGCUAGGAUACUCGUCAGACAGAUAUGGAGGUGUCGAUCGUCAUAAUCUCGGACAGGAAUCGAGAACCAAUUCACUUACUGCAGAACGCCUGAACGAGCUUUCAAGAGGCGGCACUCCUGGCCAAGGCCCUUACCCUGGCCCAAUGCCUCCUCCAAUGGGCCGACGUGCCAGCAACUCCCCUGGACACCCUCUCGGACCCCCAAGAGGACCUCCCGGACAACGCCCCUAUCCACCAAAUGGACCAAAUGGAUAUCCACCCCACAUGAAUGGCCGACCAUCACCUCCUGGCGUCAUGGGCUCGCCAAUGCAACGUCCGCCAACCCAACAAGGUCAAGUGCCACAGCAUAUUGAUCAGCAGAACGGGGUGAGCCAUCUUUAUCCGCCCAAAAGCGGCCCUCAAGAACGCAGUCUGACAGGUUCCGCGAGCGCUAGCGCGGGGAGUGGUGAUAGCAACCACUCGGUGCCCCUUGAUUCCGACCCUUCAGCCCAUAGCAGCUCCAGCAGCUUAGGACCCCGUCCAGCCCACGGCUUCCGAUAG